AUGCCUCCACCAGCUGAGCAAAGACCCCUACGAAGAAGUCGAAGCCGAAGCCCCGAGACAUCCUCUCGAUAUCAGACUCGAAGGCGAACUUAUGGAAGACAAACAUACGAGGAGAGAAAGGAUGGGCGGACUGGGCGCGUGAGAGUGGUGAUUGACCUAACUUCUUCUCCCGACCCAGAAGCUAUGCCCGACCCCGGAUGUGAUCACCAUGUUGGAGCUGGUAGUCAGACAUCGAUAUGGUCAACUUUAGAUCAUAUGCUACCUACCCCCCAAAACAUCUCUACUCCUAGGGAGAAAACGACCCUUUUUGGGGCGAUUGGGGUUCCCAAGCAGUCUUUAUGGAAUAAAAAUCCACUCCAGCAGCAAACUGACUCUACCGCCAGCAGCAAUUUAGGAAUACACGGCAUAGCGGCCGCUCUCCUAGCAUCCCCAUCGAGACGGACCGAUCUACUCCAAAGCGUAUUUUCCGGGGCAUUUGGAACCCCCCUGCAGCCUUGCUCGAUCAGUAAACCUCUUCAGAAACCGACUGUUCCCCCUCUCGAGACAGAAUCAGGGAUCGGUGCCAUAACGGCUGCUUUCCAGGCAUCACCAUCGAAGCGUGACGCUAUACUCCAGAAGACUUUCUCCAGGGUAUUCAGAACUCCCAUACAGUCUGGCAUGACCAAUAGUCUACCCAGGAAACUCGUUAUCAAUCUGACAGGCGAUGAUACUGAUACCUACUCUGAUGCCGGGUCUGCAUCAUCUCUGCCACCUGUCGCUGAUAACAUCAGCCGACGUACUCGGUCAUUCACCAAGAACUCCGACCUCUUCGAUGUUGCCAAUAUCAGCCGUCCGGCUCAGUCUACCAAGAACCCAGACCCCUUCUAUGGGACGGUGGUGAUAGAUCGGAAUCGCUAUUCUGCGAAGAAACUAGCGCAGGAAAUACACAGUACCCCUCUGUCCUACGAUGGUACCUACAAUUACAUCUUUUGGACAGAUGGUUCCGUUCUGAAUUGCGGAACUGCAGGUGCGGCAGCGGUGUGGCUCAACCCUAAUAGGCAGCAGUGGCAUUCGGUGACAGAAAAGGCGAAGUCUCAAACAAAAAGUUCUGAAAUUGCAGAGUUAAUGGGAAUCGAGAUAGCCUUGUCACAGGCAUCGACCUUUAUUGAACGAUUCCAGCAGUCUGACCCGUACGUCCUCAAGCACCGACAUAUGGUUUACGUUUUCAGUAAUUCCUCCGGUUCUUUGGAGAUGAUUAAAAGAGCACACCUUACUCCACUAGGUAGACAAGUGGAAAGGCAACCUUUGCUCAAAAAAAUCCUUGAAAACAGCAUAGCGCUGCGGCGAGUGAGUGCUCAAGUGGAGCUUCAUUGGAUUCCCGGCCACUCUGGAAUCACUGGCAAUGUGAUAGCCGACAACCAGGCCAGAAAAGCUGCCAAUAGCAACAAACUUGGGAAACAGGUAUCUUUGGGUCCAAUUGCGCAUUUCAGCAAGCCCUCUGGGCCCGAGGAAUGUUACCAAACUCUUGAAGCAUACGAGUGUAAUGGUGCAUAUUGA